AUGCGUCUCCCGCACAAGCAGCAGCAUCUGAGCUACGGCGAGGGGCGGCAGCAUCUUCACAAUCGUCGUCGUGUUGUUCGACACGGAGGCAUCGCUGCUGCGCUUCCGCCCCAUGUCGUCGCCGAGGCAACAGACGCAAAUAUCAGACCCAAUCGCCUCCGCGUGCUGCAGCAACUUCAGCGCCUGUGUGCGCGUCUCGUUUGCCCGCUGCUGCGCCGUAUAGCUGCUGUGCGCCUGGGCCGCCUCGGCGGAAUGUGCCCGCAUCAUUGCCUUGGCCUCCCGCUGCAGGUGCUGCACGGCGUGGGCCAGGACGUGUGGCGUAGUCUCCGGGCGCUCGUGCGGCAGCAACGCCCGCAACGCCUCGCACUGCUCCAGCAGCGCAGCGGCAUCCGCAGCAGAGCCGCCCCCCGCCGCCGGUGCCGCCAUUCGCGCCGCACACCCGCACGCCUCUAG